AAAUUUGAAGCUGUGUAUAAUUCCAACUUGCACAACGGUAAGGUCACAACCAGAGAACAAUUUGAUUAUGCUUGGUGCUUAAUACGAAGUAAAUAUGCGGCUGAUAUUCGAAGAGGUGUAGUUUUGCUUGAAGAUCUUUUUCAAAGUGGUGAUGCAUUACAAAAAAGAGAUUAUAUGUAUUACCUUGCUAUUGGGCAUACAAAAUUAAAGGAUUAUAAUAGAGCCCUCCAGCUGUUGUCAAAGUUUUUAAGUGUUGAACCAACAAAUAGACAAGCUCAGACUUUGCAAAAAUAUGUCAAAGACAAAAUGCAGACAGAAGGCUUAUGGGGAAUGGCUAUUGUUGGAGGAGCAGCACUCGUAAUAGGAGGAGCAUUAUCUAUUGGAAUAGCCUUGUCUAAGAAGUAAAAGCUCAGCUCCUUUCUGAAUGCUUCGCUGCUUCAACCAAAGUGAUGUGAGAUCAACACUUGUUAAACUUGUAUAUUUUUAAACAUGUAUCUCAGAACUAAAUGUAUUAUAACUAAAUGUAUUUAUCACAAAUAAAGAUAAUUAUUUCUUAAA